AGUCACGUGGGGACGCCUCACGGGUCACUGCCCACUUCCAAGAUGGCGGCGGCGGUGUCUGGGUUCCUCCGUCGGACAGGCUGGAGGUUCCUGAGGCUGCAAUGCCGGCCCGUGACCAGAUGUCAGCUGUCUCCGAUGCCACGGGCCUUCCAUGCUUCAGCUUUGGCAUUGAAAUCUUCAGAUGAACAAAAGUACCAGCCCCCACCCGCUUCCUCUCAACAGCACUCUGAAUCACAGGGAACAGAAGAGCCCAAUCCAGAAUCUUUUCGCUCAAAUCCCAGGUACACAGAUCAGGGUGGUGAGGAAGAUGAGGACCAUGAAAGCGAGGAGCAGCUGCAACAUCGGAUCCUGACUGCAGCUUUGGAGUUUGUGCCUGCUCAUGGGUGGACCUCAGAAGCCAUUGCAGAAGGAGCUCAGACCCUGGGUCUCUCUAGUGCAGCAGCUGGCAUGUUUGGAAAUGAUGGCAGUGAACUGAUCCUGCAUUUUGUGACACAGUGCAAUGCUAAACUCAACCGUGUGAUGGAAAAGGAGCAAAAACUUGUGCAGUUGGGUCAGGCAGAGAAGAGGAAGACAGACCAGUUCCUGAGGGAUGCAGUGGAAACCAGACUGAGAAUGCUGAUCCCAUAUGUUGAACAUUGGCCUCGGGCUCUCAGCAUACUUGUGCUCCCUCAUAACAUCCCAGCCAGCCUAAACCUCCUCACCAGCAUGGUGGAUGACAUGUGGCACUAUGCAGGAGAUCAGUCCACUGACAUUAACUGGUACACACGUCGAGCAGUGCUUGCUGGCAUCUAUAACACUACAGAACUAGUGAUGAUGCAGGACUCAUCUCCUGACUUUGAAGACACUUGGCGCUUCCUUGAAAACAGGAUCAGUGAUGCCAUGAACAUGGGACAUACAGCCAAACAGGUCAAAUCUACUGGAGAAGCACUUGUCCAAGGAAUGAUGGGAGCAGCUGUGACGCUCAAGAACUUGACAGGCCUAAAUCAGCGUCGAUGAGGAGGAAGGAAGUGAGCCUGAGUGCCCAGAAGAAAAUGAAAGUGCAUUAACAGCUUUUUGAAAAACAAAGUGCUGUACCAAUGUAAGGUAUUAAUUCAGAACAAGUAAGAAUUUGUCCCAAACAUCAUUCUGUGUGAUGAACCAUCUAUGUGCUGGUUGCUUUGCUGACUAUUCCUGACCAGAAACUGGGUCGGUUCUUCAGUUCCUAAUGCCACAUCAGACCUCUUGUCUUCAACAGCCUCAUACCUCUGUGUAGCAACUGUGUUUUUGAAAAAUUAAACCUUCCCCCAGCUAGCCACUGAGUACCUUACUUUUGCCAUCCCACGACACUUUGGGCCCCAAGAAUAUAUGUCUUAAUCCUCUCCUAAGAACUUCUUAGGGCUAUAAUUUGAUAACUGAGCUCCACUAUGGUUCUGCUGUUAGUGGUUACUAUUACAUUGCCAUCGAAAGGAUAACAUAGUUCAUGUCUAUCACACAUACUCUUCUUUGAGGUAGUCUUACAUUGAAAGUAUCUCUGCUUUUCUGGUUAAGGUCUUUCUAGAAUACCCAUGGAGAGGGAGAGGGAGAACAUCAUCUUUGAUUCAAGUGUCUAGCAGAUGAUUGUGCCCAUCUAGGCCUUGCAUAUGAUUCUAGGCAUGUUCCUUGGGAAGCUUUAUACCUACAUUCUGUUAUGGAAUUGUUAGAGAACUUAGAUUAUUUAAAGAUGAUAAUAAAAAUUAUUUCUUUGGAUUAACUCCAUUUGUUAAUGUCCUUAGAAAAGCAGAAGGGUGGAACAAAGAGUAGAAGGGUAGGACCAUGCUCUUGGUUCUAUUUAUUCCCAUAGCUUAUAAGAUUUUGUUCUGUCAAAUAACAUCUGUUAUUUGUACCCCUUUGUACUCCACUGAUUCCUUUUCUUCUGCCUACAAACAUGUACACAUUUCAUUAAAUAUAAAAAUAAAAAAUCCAAACCUCCUUUACUUUCACUCCA